ACCUCGUUCUCUUUUACUUCUUCUUUUCUUUUAUAUAUCAUGCCAGAGACACCAGUAAAACAGUCUCGAAAACCUGUGGACGGUCCCUUUAGACAACAAAAGCUACCUGCUUGGCAACCAGUGCUUACACCUCGAACAGUGAUACCUGCGCUGUUUGUGAUUGGCGUUGUGUUUAUACCUAUUGGUGGCUUGCUUUACUGGAAUAGCGGCAAUGUGAGCGAACUCAUGAUUGAUUAUACCACCUGCAACCAAUAUACCGAGCCUAUUUAUUUAGACAGCACAAAAUACAGCCUUCAAUUCUCGACAGGAUUUAAUCAGUCAAGUCUAGAAUCACCUGCAUUUCAUGUAGAAAGUGCUUCUGAGUUUCUUGAUUCGAGCUGGAAGAAUCCAAACAAUUUAGUUAUUCAACGCUGCAUAUUGGAUUUUACUGUGCCUGAGACAAUGACAGGACCUUUGUUUAUGUAUUAUCGUAUGACUAACUUUUAUCAAAACCAUCGACAAUAUAUCAAAAAUUAUGACGCUACACAAUUAAGUGGCGAUAUUGUGGACCAAAGUACUUUGAAUACCAAUUGUGGACCUUUGGGUGUAAAUCAGGACAAUCUUGUUAUUUAUCCUUGUGGAUUAGUAGCUAAUUCCAUGUUUAAUGGUACUGUCUUUCUUAGGAUUGUAUAUGUUAUUCAUGCAUCUAUAGACACAGCUUCAGACCUAGUUUCUGUCACAUCCAAUGCAAGCUAUAGUUUUCAACGAACAGGCAUUGCAUGGCCCACAGACAAGAAAAAAUACGGAGUGACAAAGUACAAAAAUUCAGAAAUUGUACCACCUCCGAACUGGUCUCUUCGUUAUCCUGAUGGUAAAUACACUGAUGAGUAUCCCGCUCCUGACUUGAGCAAUAUGGAAAGGUUGAUGGUAUGGAUGCAUAUGGCAGCCUUGCCUGAUUUCAGAAAGAUUUGGGGACGCAACGAUGUGGAUCCAUUACAGGCAGGUCGUUGGCGAAUUGCUAUUGAUAUGAAUUUUGAUACAACCAUCUAUGGUGGUAACAAAUGGCUUGUGAUUUCGACAACUUCACCUUUAGGUGGGCGUAAUCCUCGUUUGGGUAUUGGCUAUAUUGCCAUUGGUGUUAUUUCUAUCUUUUUUGGUAUUUUGUUUGCACUUCGCCAUUGCUUUAAGCCUAGAAAACUCGGUGAUCAAUCUUAUCUUUCAUGGAAUCAGCCUGGCGGUGGUCUUCCUGCCACUAAGCGAAUUAAAAAGACCUUACAUCAAAACUAAAAUAAAUGUACGGUU